AUGGGGAAUUCGCACUCCUUGGUUACAGCCUUGCAGACUGUUCUUAAAGGACGUGGCUUGAAGGUGUCACCCAAGACGCUCGAAAGAUUUGUUAGCGAGGUGGAUCGCUGUGCCCCCUGGUUUGUCUGCUCUGGAUCUCUCACCCUUCCAAGCUGGCAGAAAUUGAAAGGAGACUUAGAUCGUGAGCAGCAGAGUGGGCCGCGAGCUAUCAGGCAAAUGUUUCCUGUGUUUCAGCAAGCUAUCAGGCAAAUGUUUCCUGUGUUUGAGGACGAUGGCGUUCGUUCUCAUCAGCCCCUAGAGCACAAGCAAGUUAAGGAACUGGCAGAGUCUGUUCGUGCCUAUGGGGUUACUGCUAAUUUUACCAUGUCACAUGUAGAAAGACUAGCAAGCAUUGCCAUGACUCCAGCAGACUGGCAAUCUGUAACAAAGGCCUGUCUCCUUAGCAUGGGACAGUAUAUUGAGUGGAAGGAACUGUGGCAUGAUGCUUGCCAAGCACAAGCACACGCAAAUGCAGCAGCAGGACAACCUGCCUGGACAUUUGACAUGUUAACUGGACAAGGGCAAUGGGCCAAUAAACAAACUGCCUUCCCCUUGGAGGUAUAUGGCCAGAUUGCUACUAGUGCUGUCAAGGCAUGGAAAGCUCUAACUAACAGAGGAGAGGUGUCCGGGAACCUGACCAAGGUCAUCCAAGGACCAAGUGAGCCUUUCUCAGAUUUUAUGGCCUGCAUGAUGGAGGCUGCUGGCAGGAUUUUUGGAGACCAAGACCAGGCCAUGCCCUUAAUAGAACAGUUAGUUUUUGAACAAUGUACCAAAGAAUGCCGCAAUGCAAUCCUCCCCUGGAAGUCUAAGGGGCUGCAGGCUUGGCUGAAAGCCUGUAGGGAAAUAGGAGGACCACUUACCACCAAUGCCGGUCUAGCCGUGGCUAUAUUACAAGGACAAAGGCGGCCUGGCCUCUCUAGUAGAGGCAUCACGUGUUUCCAAUGUGGAAAGCCUGGUCAUAUGAAAAGGGAGUGCAGGAAUCAGAAUCCUGGCUUUAAUCCAAAGAAAGUCCCAGGACUGUGUCCAAAGUGUAAGAAAGGGAAGCAUUGGGCCAAUGAGUGCAGGUCAGUAAAGGACAUAACGGGGAAGCCCUUGGAUGUGUCAAAAAACGUCCAACAGGGCCGUCCUCAAAUAUAUGGGGCAACCAGCUCCACAGUAACCUGGGCUCGUCAAACUUAA